GGCAGCCAGCUCCCCACGCACGGUGGUGGUCCACGGUGCGUGUGUGUGCAGCAACGCAGCGGAACGCUGUAUAUGACAAAUAAACAAACGAAGCGCUGGUCCGAUAGUGAGUGGCAACAUGCGCAAUGACUAACAACUCUGUUAGACCCCGGCAGCGCACAGAAAUCUAGUCCGCAUCAUUCCCUGGCAGCACUACGAGAGAGAGGAGAGACAGAGAGGCACGGCUGGAUUCUCAGUCGAGCAGCAUGACCGACACAGUGAUGAGCGGUGGUUCGGGUCGCUGGGUGUCCAACGACCGGCAGAGGAGCAUGCGUCCGAGUGAUAAAGAGCAGGGGAAUUGGUCGAUGCAGUCAGGCUCUGGUUCUGGUCCAGACCUAACAGAUGAGGAGAAGGAGAUUAUAAACAAUGUGAUUGCCCGCGCUGAGAAAAUGGAGGCUAUGGAGCAGGAGAGAAUUGGGCGCCUGAUAAACCGCCUGGAUGACAUGAAGAAGACCGUGUGUGGGGACGGUGUUUCUCGCUGCCUGCUGUGUGGGGAGCAGCUAGGCUCACCUGGGGUCAGCUCCGUCGUGUGUGAGGACUGCAAAAAGAACAUGUGCACAAAAUGUGGCACUCAGUGUGGCAGCCGAACUCGCCCUGUGUGGCUGUGCAAGAUCUGCAGAGAACAGCGAGAGGUGUGGAAGAGGUCCGGUGCCUGGUUCUUCAAAGGCUUUCCGAAGCAGUUCCUGCCGUCGCCCAUGCCGUUGUCUAAACCGAAGGAGACAGCUCCUCAGGAGGCAGCAGAGCCUCAGAGGCCGACAGUGUCUGAGCCCAGGGAGGCAGCAGCUCAACCAAAGCCACCAGGUUCCCAUCAGAGUCAGACUUCAGCCUCUGAGGAGCAAGUUUCAGGUGCGCAGAUGCAGGCCCGUGCUGGUUACCCACCUGUGGCCCCGAAACCAGCUAUGCGUAUGGCUGCAGGGGGUACUGGCCCUGAAGAGGCAGGUCAGGGAAGUCCGGUAGUGAUGAAGAAGAUGGUUCCGGUGCACAGCUCCAGGGCACAACCUGCUGCUUCAGCCGCAAUGUCCCAGCAGGGUCCUGUGGCAGGAGACGUGGGUGCUUACGCCUCGGAGCAGAGAGCACCUCCUGCUGUAAGAGAGGACAGGAGGCAGCCGGCUGCCUACAGCGCGGCCCCUCCACGACAGCAACCUCCCCCUGCUGAUGAUGAGGAGGAGGCCAACGACUACGACUCUGACGAAGCCACAACACUGGGCUCUCUUGAGUUUGGCCUUCUCUACGAUCAGGAAAGCAACAGCCUCCAAUGUAGCAUCCUCAAAGCAAAGGGCCUGAAGCCCAUGGACUCCAAUGGGCUCGCAGAUCCUUAUGUGAAGCUUCAUCUGCUUCCUGGGGCUAGUAAGUCCAACAAGCUGCGUACAAAGACCCUGAGAAACACCCGCAACCCUGUGUGGAAUGAAAUACUCAUCUAUCACGGCCUGACCGACGAAGACAUGCAACGUAAAACCCUCAGGCUCUCUGUCUGCGAUGAAGACAAGUUUGGGCACAAUGAGUUUAUUGGCGAGACCCGGGUAGCACUGAAGAAGCUGAAGAUGAAUCAGAAGAAGAACUUCAACGUCUGCCUGGAGAGGGUAGUGCCUACGAAGAGAACUGCGACAGCCGGAGGAGCAAGAGGAAUUGCGCUCUACGAAGAUGAGACAGGGAAGGAGGGCACGGAUGCAGAGGAGCGCGGUCGCAUUCUGAUGUCUCUCAUGUACAGCACCCAGCAGAAUCGCCUCCUCGUGGGGGUCGUACGCUGCGUUCACUUGGCUGCCAUGGAUGCGAAUGGAUAUUCUGAUCCAUAUGUCAAAAUAUGCCUGAAACCUGACAUGGGGAAAAAGGGCAAGUGCAAAACACAAAUCAAGAAGAGGACUUUAAACCCAGAGUUUAACGAGGAAUUUAGCUUUGACAUCAAACACAGUGAACUGGCCAAGAAGACAUUAGACGUCUCUGUGUGGGAUUAUGACAUUGGGAAGUCCAAUGAUUACAUAGGUGGGUGUCAGCUGGGCAUCACCGCCAAAGGAGAGAGGCUGAAGCACUGGUACGAGUGUUUGAAGAACAAGGACAAGAGGAUCGAGCGCUGGCACACCUUACUGAACGAGAAUCACGCUGUCAGCGAUUAACCAUACAUACAGCAUGGGCUCGCACCUAAUCAGUUUGCAUUCAUGUCUUGUUGCACUUUUACAAAUGUAGUUUUUUGUUGUUGUUGUUAUUGUUUUGUUUCCAUAUAGAUUUUAACAUAACCAAACACGUAGGCACUGUUUCUUCCUUCUCCCGUAUAAUCCCCUAUUUUUGUAGUUGCAGCUCGGUCACCGAUACACAAUUUGCUUCUGGCACAAAUCAUGUUGUGCAAAUGAAUCUGAGGUUUCAGUAACGCGACCCAAACGAACUUUUACACUAUGGAAAAUGCUGCAACAAAAAAAUAAAAAGGCCUUUAGAAAUGCUUUGUAGUGACACAUUCUUCACUGAAGUAAAUGAAGCGUGAAUCGCACUGGAACAGAUCAGAAAAAGCAAUAGGUUAUAGCAUCAGAACCAUCGCCUAAGCUCACGAAGGCCUUAAACUGGGCCCACAACUCAAAUUCAUGACUUAAUUGCCAUGUGAAACAUAUAGAGCUCUAUAAGCAUGCCAGACCACAGCUGCACCUUAAAAUAACUCGGCUGUAUGGACAUAUUGUAUAUUUCCACAAAGAAAUGUUUACAAAAUGAUACAUUGCUCAGGAUAGGAUAGACAUCUGAUACAACAGAUGAUUCAUACGUGAGUGAACCAUGAGCUAGAAAAAUCUGAAAUGAGUUGCUGUUAAUUUGUGGUUUUAAAAAAAAAUUAUAUGUUUAAAUAUAUAUUCUGGCACACUUAUAUAGUUUGACAGGAGUUUUUCUGUAGUGUUACUCAAGCUGUGUGGGCUAUUUUGCGUUUGUAGGGCGUAAUAACUAUGUGUUAAGAGAAACCGGAAAGAGAUCCAAGAUUCUGAUCUUUCAUUUAGUUUCUUUGGGAGAAAAAAAAGAAAAGAAGAGAAAACGAAUAGAAUCACGUCCUGCUACCUCUACUCGUUCAAAGCUCGCGGUUCACUCUGACACCUCAGAGGGUUUUUUACUGCACUGUUUACAUUGAAUACACAUGUUUAAGUCUGCUACAUGUUUACAGAAGAGAGAAGACGGAGCAAGUCAUGUCAAAAGUAUGUGCAGUCUAUAUCUGCAUGCACUGUGCUUGUGACUCUCAUGUGCCUGGGGCAUUCUUAGCCCGCUUUUACCCCAAACAUUCCUCUCUUUUCCCCCUGGCUCGCUCUCUUCCACUCCCUGAUUAUCCAAGGCUUAAGUGAGUGUUUGUUCACUAAUUAAAGCAAAUCAAGGAAAGCACACCUUACACAGUGGAAUGACCUCUAUUUAUACAGUAAAUUGUCUGCAAGUUAUUCCAAUGUGACAACAAAGACAAAAAAAAAAAAAAAAAAAAAAAAUCCUAUGCAUGGAAAUGUCUUGUGAUUAAAGAUGUAAAUAUAUAGAUAUUUAGAUAGAUAUAUCACUAUCUGUCUACAUAUAUAUAUAUACAUAUAUAUAUUUACACUUUGUUAGAAAUAAAUGCUAUUGUACCUUCCUUAAUGUUUACAGUUUUCACCAUGACAUUCCUACUGAUAUGGAGGCCAUACGCUGCAUGACUAUGAUUACUAUGGUUUAAUCUGGAUGAACCAGUUCGCUAUUUCACAGAGGAUUGACAGAAAGUCAACUGAGCACAUCAACAUAAGAUGCCUAUGAGUAGCAGAUCAAUCUUAGCGUUUAACCGAGCGAUCCUGUACAUGCACAUUCGAAGCUUACCAGUGUCUUGUUUUCUCAGUAAAGAGCAAUGCCCAGAUGUGGCAAUGACCUUGUUCUACACUGUGCUACGUCAACAACUGUGAUCAUGAUGAGGUGAUCAUCAAUCGCUUGUAAAAACAAAAUCGACAAAAAAAUAAAUUAAAUAAAAGGCUUCUCUGCGAGCUGAAGUUAUAUCUGCCUUCUCCCUGGUUCUGCUUGUUCUGUGGAAUGUUCCUCAAUCUCUGUCUUUGUACAUAGAUAGUGCAUGAAGUUGAAAUCUGUAUGUUUGCUAAUAACUUUGCAUGGAAAGGUUUUGCAGAAAGUUUACACAGACAAAUAAAAUCUGAUGAAAAUUGA